GUACAGGAAAGCUGACAGGAAAGCUAACGGAUAUACAUCUGUUUAAAAAAAUAUUUCCUUUGGAAGAUGCGUGGGCAACUCUAGAACAAUAUGCUUGGCGAGAAAGGAUUUUCUGCCUUCACAGCAAAUUAAAAAAAUUUAAAAAACAUGCAAUUUAGUAAUUACAUAUGAACUUAUGGUGGGCUUCGCUUUAAGAAGCCGAUAACAGGUUGCUGAAUCGUUGGACGUGAAUGCGGUAGAAGGCCGUCGUUUGACACCCGGGAUGGAAGACUUAACCGACAAAGACCGUUUGAAAAUGGAGAUAGAGCAGCUUAAGAAAGAAUUACCUUUAGAGAGGAUGCUGGUAUCCAAGAGUGCGGAGGAACUGAAGGAUUACAUUGAAUCACAGUCUGCAGAAGACCCUUUGGUAAAGGGGAUCCCAGAAGACAAGAAUCCUUUUAAAGAGAAGGGGGGCUGUGUGAUCUCAUAAAUCAAACAGGACUCAAAUAUCUGCUCCACAGCUCAAUGAUCAUUCUUACGAUGAACCUGAUAGAUGCUGAAAUUUGAAGAUGAGAGAAUAGGUUCAUUACAGUGAUGUUAAAUUUUAAAAAAAGACAUUUACAAAAUAGAUUGGACAUUAAAAGGGAAGAAUGUAGGUGGGGAGGGCAGAGGAUCAGUGGAAUUACAAUUAUUAAGGAGAUGGGAAAGAGUGCUGAUGGGGAAGGAACUUGAACUAAUCAGAUGUAGAAGUAUGGAUGGUUGCAAGCAAAGAAGUUCAUGGGUGGGGCUCAGCAUCACAGGAAAGAAUCAGAGGAUGGGAGAAGAAUAUUGUGUGGAUCAGCCAGGAUCUCAUUAUGGAAAGGAUAUGGUUGGGUAUAUUUUUUUUUAAACCAAGCUGUCAAUUGUUGGAGGCAGAUGUGUGGGUCAAUCAUAGAAAUAAAACCACACAGAAACUAUCAACAGCGGAGGAAGUGGGGGUGAUAUAAAUUAUAAUUUUAAAAAAACUUAAAAGGAGGCAUCUAAUUGGAGAGAUGGGCAGCCCAGUAAAUACCUUUGUAAAGGUUGACUCCCUCUAAUUGUUGCUAAAUUAGGCCUCAGCCUCUGGUUAAGACCUGCUCGGGCACCGUCAUCUUAAAUAUCCUCAAUGCCUCAUGUACCAUGACGACCUACUGCUGCUGCAGAUGAGAUGAGGAUAUAAAAAAUACUAUUGUGUGUCAUCUAUAAAUGUUGCAGAUCAUGAUAUAAUUGAUAGUAGAGUAUGUUUUUAUUUGGUUUGAGCAUAUACUGUGUUCAAUCAGGAAACUGAGUGCACCUUCAUGCUAUUUUGAAGAAAUGCCAUGUUUUCUGUGCAGCAAGUUGAGAGAUUAACAGGAGCUUGAGUUAAUGUCCCAUCUGAAAGACAGUACUUUGAUUGAGUAGUGCUUCCUCAAUAUUGGACUGACUGGUCUGUGUAGAUGUUUCCUUUUUGCUUAAGAAUUCGCACAAAGUGUUCAUGACUAUUUCUAUUAUCCCAGACUCAUUGUCUUUCGGAGGGUUUGGGCAACGCCUCUGCAAUUGUAACUUCUGAUCCCUUCAACAACUUAGGAUGUUUUACAUCCAUACCUGGUGACUUAUCCACUUUAAGUGCACUCAGCUUUCCUCCUACUACUCCCUUAUCAAUUUUCAGUAGCCAAUUCAGUAUCUGAAACAGUUAAUCAGAACCUCCUUCAAAGACAAAGUAAUUAUUUACUUUGGGCAUCUCUCCCCCCUUUUCUUCUCAGUCCUGAAGAAUGGUCUGGGCCGGAAAUGUCGACUUUUCCUCCUCCAUUUUGCGCGUGUUGUUUGGAUUUCCAGCAUCUGCAGACUUUAGUGUUUUUAAAGCAAUUAUUUAGUUUUGUUUUAUUUGUACUUCUGGUUUUGUUUUAUCUCUAUCCUCCCAUUUUACCCUAUUCAUAUUGCCCUUUGAGAACCUCUGAGGCUAUUUUGUCUUUGCCUUUAUUUCAUUUUCAUAUCCUCUUUUGUUUUUCUAUAUUUGGUCUGAUUUCCUGACAUUUUGACCUCUGUGUAAAUAUCUUAAUGAUUUAUAACAUUUCCACUAUCUGAUGGUCAUAAGUGAAAUGACAUCUCUAUUAUUUCUUAAUUUUAAUCUGUCAACUGUUUUGGACCAUUUAAGGAUGUCCUCCUUGUUGUUAUGCAAUAUUCCCCUCAAUCAACAUUGCCAUUUCACCUAUCUUUCUAUGUCUGUCUUUUCUGAACUCAUGUAUAAAAAGACUUACUACCUAGCCCUAUCCUCCUCUACAUCAGGUCACUCUGAAGGUAUCUUACCAACCUCAUGUACAGUAUUUACAUGUGUGUAUCAUAUGUCACUCUUCAGUCUUUGUGUAUUUUAUUUUAUCUGAUUCCAUCAAUAUUCUUCUCUAGUGGAAUCUACCAUAGCUUAACCUGUAGCCCAGGUUGAUGACCUUCUGCCCCUCUUCAGCUGGUCAAUGUAGCACAAGCAGUUCUACGCAAGCAUGACUAAGACCAAUUUCUUUGCUCUGCAAGCAAUUCUGAUGUAGAAAGUGUUAACUAUAAUGAAUAGGCUGAAUGAAAUAUGAAUAAAAUGGCAAACUAGAAAGGAAAACAAAAGAGACAAUGAAUGAUGAAUCAUAGCAAAGACCCACAAAAGUUGUGGAAAAGGGCAACAAUAGAAGAAAGGAAUAAAACAAGUAGAAUUGCUGAACAGAGACCGGUUUGAGUUAUUAUCUCAUAAAGAUUUUGUUUACAAAGGGAUAAAGAUAUUUUUAUGGCAUGGAAAAUAAACUACAAAACUAACAACAGAGACUAAAGCAAAAUACUGCAGAUUCUGAAAUCGGAAGUCAAAGCAGACAAUAUUGGACAUUAACCAAUGGGUUAUAUAUGCUCUGCCAAAUUAAAGGAGAAUUUGGCAUCUGGUUAGUAACCUUUCAAAAAAAAAAUGGGAAAAAGAUCAAAAAUAUGGCAAAUGAAAACUCCUUUGCUGAGAAAACCAGAUUUUUUUUCAUGAUAAACAUUACUGGAAGAGAUGGUGGGAAUUGAUUGGUAGUAUAAAAUUAGUGUAAUAUAGGCAAACCUCACAGGCACAUAAUUGACCUGCCUGGCUCAAAACUGACUUCAAUAAACUUAGACAAUAAUUCCACAAUUCCUAUUGCAAAAUCACUUGUUCUAAUAUCGUUACUUCCCCUUGCAACAGCUUCAACUUUUAUAUCUUUCCCUGCUUUCUGCGUAACAAGUGGUGUGCCACAGGAUAUUGUGUUAAGGCAACAAACAGACAGUUUUUUAGAAAUGACUUGGCUUGGCUGAAGCACUGGAAGUGUGGUUGCUAAAUUUGCUGAUGAGAUAAAGGUAAGUAAGAAAGUGAGAUUUGAAGAGGACCUAUGGAGGCUAUACAGAGUUGUAGCUGGGUUAAUUAAGUAGCAAUAAUCUGGCCAAUGGAGCAUGGUGUAGGAGAAUGUAAAAUUGCCCAGAUUUAAAAGGAAAAAUAAAAAGAGGCAUUUUAUCUGAACAGGGAUGAAUUGCAAAGGCUUCUGAGUUUCUUGGUGCAUGAUGUGCAUGAGACUAAUAAUUGCAAGUAAUUAAGAAAGGACGAAAAAGCUAGGCUUGUAUCCACUGGAAUUUAGAAGACUGAGAGGGGAUUGAAGCAUGUAAUUACUUGAGCUACGUUGAUAUGUGGAUGUGGAGAAGAUGUUGCUUUUUGAGAGAGAAUGGGAAGGAGAAUUGCAUACGAGAGUGGGGAGGUUAUGUUUCAGUUCUGUAGGGUAUUGGUAAGAUCACUUAUGGAGCAUGAUGUACGACAUUGAUCUUUUUAAAGAAUUAAGCUACUGUGUCGGAAACAGUUCAGAGAAACUUCACUGGACUAAUACAUAUGGAAUAGUAGACUGUUUUAUGAGGAAAGGAUAUACAAGCUAAGGUUGUAUCCACUGGGAUUUAGAAGACUGAGAAGGAAUUGAAACAUGAAAGUUCCUGAGGCAUGUUGAUAAGGUGGAUGUGAAGAAGAUGUUCCUUUUUGAGGGAGAAUCCAGAACUAGGGGAAACAAUUUUUUAAAUAAAGGCUGCGGAUUUAAGACAAACUUCAGGUGAAUUGUUCUUCUCGGAGUUCUGUGUAUAUUUGGAAUUCUCUAUCUUAAAAGGCAGUGGAAGCAGAGUCUAAGCAUUUUUAGAUUAAGGCUGUCAUGGGUAAAUGAGAAUUUACCCAUGAGUUGAGGUACCAGUGAAUUCAGCCAUAAUCAUACUGAAAGGUGGAACAGACUUGAGGAGCCAAUGACCUACUCCUGCCCUGUAUAUGCAUCUACAUUUGGUCAUAUGAAGCUGUAUUAUUUUUUUUACCUCUUGUAACCUUUUGAUGAUAUUACCAUCUGGCAACGUGAUGACUGACAACUUACUGCUCUACUUCCCCAACACUCCCAUGGCCCCAAUUUAAAGAACAUUUAUUAUCAAAAUAUGUAUGCUGGACACAACCCUGAGAUUCAUCUUCUUGCAGGCAGCCAUAAAAGAAAGAAACACAAUAGAACCUGUUUUUUUUUUAAAAAAAGCAUAGAACAAAGACUGUUGCACACAUAAUGUGCAAAAAAAAACAAAUCAUGGAAAUAAUUUUAAAAAGCAAAUAAAUAAAACACAGAGCAUAAACCGAAAGUGAGUCCACAGCCAUGGAGACGGUUCAGUCCUGAGGCAAGUGAGGCUGGUCCAGGAGCCUGAUGGCUGCAAGGUUAGUUCAGUGCUGAAGUGAGUAAACCGAGUGGAAUAGUACAUUGAACACUAGUUCAUUCUUCACUCUCAGCCUUGCCACCUUGAUUAAAUUGCAUAAGUAGUAAAUAAAGGUUAACACAAACACAUGGAACAUGAACUGCAGAGUUUCUGAAGGUGAGCCCAUGGCUGUGGAUCCUGUUCAGCGCAUCCAGGAGCGCAAUGGUUGCUUCCAAACCCGGUGGCAUGGAACCCAAGACUCCCACACCUCUCGCCCAGCAGUAGUAGCAAGAAAAGUGAGGGACUGGUCAAAAGCAGGCAGUCAUGACUUAACACCUGUUUAUUUUCUGCUCUCAUCCUGGAUGAUUCUAAUCUUGCUCGAUGCUCUAAUCAGCACUGAGUUAUGGGGCCAACCACAGGUUUGUCUUUCGCCAUCAGGACUCAAUACAGCAUCCACCCCCAGCAGUGGUCACCCUGGCAGUACCUGCACUCUAGAGAUUCUAGACGCUAAGUUCCCCAGGAGGUUGCAAAAGUGCCAGAUCAUUUAGUCUGUUCAAAAGAACAUCCUUAAAAGGGAAACAACAGCUCUUUGCUUAUCUUGUAUGAAUCACAGCUCUUUAACUUUAAACAUCAGGAAGACCUACAGUUGUGUUGGGCCCUCAUCAUAUUUUCCACUUGAACUAUUGUUAAAGGCUGAACCAGACUUUAUGGAGUCUCGGCAUCCUGUUGAUUUGAGAUGUGUUUAACCAGUACAAAUGAUAGUAAUACAGAACUAGGUUUGACUUAUUGAGAGUGGAAAAGGGGGAGAAGGUUAAUUAUUACCAGGGCAAAUUAUUCUAUUGUUGAUACUCACCAGGUUAAUGUCUGUAUGUCCAGUGAUCAAAAAAUCAUCUCCAUCAUCCGGUCCAAUAGUUUGUCAAGAGCAGUGUUCAAGUGCCUUUUCUUUUCCACAUCCUGCUGCCCUUACUUGCAAUCAUUUAAGGCAAGGUGACGACUGAAGACAAACAGCAGUACUUCUGAAAUCACUAUUUAAUCAGUUAUUUGCAAAAUAGCAACUCAUUUACCAACUAAAGUUACUGUCUUUUUAGAAAAUGAUUAAUAAAAGUAUUUGUAAUUAUUCUUGUAAAUUUUAAAGUAUAAUAUCUUACCAUUACAAACAUCCCAAACACGGGUAAUUUAUAUAGUAAUCUGAACAGAAAUUCAAAAUGCUUCUGGGAGUUCAAAGGCCAAAUAAAAUAAAUAACAUCUAAUUGUUAUCUAUCAUCAUUCUGAGAGUUUAGAAGUAAUAAAAGCAGAAAUAAGAAUGAGGUAAUGAUCAUGUCUAGCAAAAUGUAAUAGACAAAUUACCCGAAAAUGAUAGCAAACAUAUUUUAAAUAAUAUGAGUGAAACUUCAAUUUCAAAGUUUACAAUGAUUAAUUGCUUUCAUGUUAAGAAACCAGGUCCUACUGGUUGCUUUACAUAUUGUAAUAGUUUUUUGAAACAGAUAUGUAAUCCUUAAGUGCAAUGAUAAGUUUAUGGAGUUUGCUAAAAGUGGUCUUGUGAAAUAAUGGGAAAUACUACUCUUUUACCUUAGUUAUUACCACAGCUUUUCACUUAAUUCCUCAAUUAAAAAUGGUGUAACAGUGACUGUAAAAGCAAGCAUUUGUGCAAAUAUUCAGAACCACAACUCAAGUUUGGGGUAAAAUCUAUUAGUCAUUGGAACUGGUUACUCUGAAAGAUGGAUUUAUAGUAGCUUGCAGAAUAAAGCCUCUGAAUUCUUUCCCCAAAUAUUUUGAUGAUGGUGAUAAAAUAAUUAACAUAAAGAAAUAUAAUUGAUGUUAGCUGUGUGAGAAAACAGUUCUCCCUCACUUUUGAACAUUCUACAAUAACUUUCAAACUAGAGUGCUUGCAUGGACUUGAUAGGCCAAAUGUCGCAAUAGCAAAGUCAGUAAGUAGUAAGAUAUUCCCUCCUUUAAUCAGAAUCAGAAUCAGGUUUAUUAUCACCAGCAAUUGUCGUGAAAUUUGUUCACUUAGCAGCAGCAGUUCAAUGCAAUACAUAAUAUAGAAGAAAAAAACCCCAAAAUAAAAUAAUAAUAAUAAAUAAGUAAAUAAAUUACAUUAUAUAGAUAUUGAAUAGAUUUAAAAUCAUGCAAAAACAGAAAUAAUAUAUAUUUAAAAAGUGAGGUAUUGUCCAAGGGUUCAAUGUCCAUUUAGGAAUCAGAUAGCAGAUUAUGUUGGCAUUUAGGAAUCUGAUUAAGUAACUAAGGAAUAAGUAAAGUGCAUUAGAUGUGUCAGUCCUGGGAUUGCAGGUUGGACCUUAUUUCUCUUUCUCUUCACUGUAAGACCUUGAAGCCUCGUUCAUGCUCUUGGCUGUAAUUUACCCUGUCAGCUUUCUACUUUCAUUGUACUUGUCACAUCACUUGAUUAGAUCAGCAGUUGGUGUUCUGUGGUGGUUUUCUUUAGGUCUCAUUUGAUCUCAGACCUUUUCUCUCAUCAUUCUAUUGGCCUUUGUCCUUUUGUUCUGCUCUGUUCAGCUCUGUUCCCUGUAGUGGAACUUCUCUGUAUUUCUUCUCCUUGGUCCCGGCUCUGGACUUGUCCCUUCUGCUUUAUCUCUUCUUCCUAAAACAGCCCAAAUACCACUCAAACCUGAUCUCACAAAAGUCAACUAGCAGAUUAGCAGGAUCAACUCUGUUGUUCAAUCAUCUUUGGUUGUAGUACUUUCACCUCUGAGUCAGAAUGUUGUUGGAGACUAAACCAUGCGAUCUAGAUUUUACUACAGUUGUUAAGAAUGGUACAUCAUUGGAGGUUCUACAUAAGACACAAAACACCUACAGUAUCAUCUAACAAUGCCCAAGCUGUUUUCUUGGUGUGGUCGACAUUCAACCACAUCAAGACAACACAACUGCUUAUUUUGUUGUUGCUCAAAGGCCUUCAAAUCAGUAAUGAUUCCACUUCCAAUAAAUUUUCAACUUUGAGCAAACCAAGAAACCACAUUAUUUUCACAGUGCUUGCUUCAAAGUUCAACCAUUUUCUUCUGCCGUUUAAUUAUGUCCCAGGCUCCACUCCAUCCACUACUGCAAUUCCACAAUCAAGUCCUAAGGAUCAUUUUCACCGAUCUGUCAUCUUUAAAACUAUAAUCCAAUCCUUUACUGGUCUCCUGAAUUGAGAGGGCAGAUUAACUAUGUGUGCUUUAGGCUGUUCAUUCUCGGUGAACUAGAAUAUUUUCUCUGUCUCUACUGCUCCAGUUGGGCUCCUGGAUCAAUUCUACCCUCCUUUAGUUACCUGGUCUCUAGGCAGCUCCUCUACCACCUACUGAAAUAAAACAACUGGGCACCUUGUCAUCACACUUCCCCCAUUGUUUUAAUACUGUACUUCUCCUGUCUCCAGGAUAACUUUCUCCUCUUCUGGAAGAAAUUCUAUUGUAUCUUCUGAAUUCUCCUCUCCUCCUCAAAAUCAGUGAAUUGGCCUUCUCUAAUCUUCUGUACCCCUGUUUGUUCCUCGGUCAAGUACUUCUCUCCCCUGACUUGAAACUAAACUUCACUCCUCAAAUAGCUGCAACUUUUCGGAUGGCCAGGCAAGUGAAGUUUCACUAAUCUGCUGCCCAUUUGCAGAACUUCCAGCUAAGAAAUAUUUAAUUGUGUCCUUAUCACCAGCAGUCUCCAAAAUGAAUUGCAGUGUUUCCUCUCAAGAAAGUGCAACACUCUGCAGCCAAUUCUGUUUGUUUACCUCCUGUUAUACACUAUUCAAUCUGUUUCCAUCUCAACAUCAUCUGCACCAUAGUCCUCCAAAUUUAACCCUUUCUAUUUGACUUCUCCAUGUUUUGGAGUACCUGCCUGGUUCUACUCCAUCAUUGCCUUUAAAUGCUUUGAUGCUACCUUCUGAAUUUCACUACCACUUUAAAAUUCCCUCAAGUACCAAGACCCUGACUAUACCCCUGGCCACCUCUUGUCAUCUUAUUAAAGUGCCAGUUUUGCUGAUGCCUAUACAAAUGCAUUAGAUGAAGUUUGUUUUAUCUUAAAAUUAUUAAAUAAAUGCAUGUUGUUACAGAUACAAGAGACUACAGAUACUUGAACGUUGUUGUAUGAGGCUGAAACUAGAUAUUCCACUUCAAUAACUUCAGUUGCAUAGCUCAUACAAUUGAACUUUGAUUUUUUCUCCUUGUUUUGUUAUGAAUUAUGUCCACCUUUAUUUCUAAUAUUCAUCAGCAAGUCUUUAAAGGAGUUUCUUUGGCAAAUCCUGUCAGUUUCAAAUGUCUAGGGAAAAGAUAUCAAAUCUCUUCACAGUCUUGAUCCUAAUGUGGACACCCAAAGUUGAAUUUCAGAAUGAAAGUGAAGAAAAUCAAAGAAAGAUUUAAAUGAAUGUGUUACCAAAGCACACUCUCAAAAUUUAGGUUAAUGAACAAUUAAAGAAAUAGGCCUUUUUUGUCUGAAUUAAAUGGAUGGUGUAGUUCUUGGAAACAAAUAAUAUGGCAGCCUGCAAGAGGACAUGGAGCAACAUUAGUGCCCAAAGCCAUAACUAUCCCAAAUAAGAAAUCUCAUGCAAGUUCCCUAUCACCUUCAAUGGCAGCACCAUCGUCAAUGUCCUACUAUCAACAUCUUCAAAAGCAUGAAGGAUAUGGUCCUAAAGUAGGUAAAUGGGAUUAGUGUAGGUGGGCAAAAAGGUUGGUGUGGACAUUGUUUGCUGUUUUUGAGUUGUUGUACUCUAUAACUUUAAGAUGGUCAGUCACUGGAAGGGUAAGAUAUUACCACUGACACACAAUUACAUCAAUCGUAUCAAAGUUAUGUCUGCAAAGGUGUUGGAAACUCUCCAGUUAAUGGCUCACCUUAAAAUUCUCCACACACCCCAUGUGGCAGCUCAAGUUACAAACAUGAUGGCAAACCUACUUUUUGUUUAUAAAUAUGCCACAUCAUCAACAUUUCUUCAUCGGUACUUGUGCCAAUUUGCACCAAUAUCCAUUCUUAGAGUCAUAAGGUGGGGCAGCAGAGAGACAGCCCAUCAUGAGCUUUCAGCCCAUCAAAGCUAAUCCUAUUUGCCCACAUUAGGUCAUAUCUUUCAAUGCCUUGCCUAUAUAGGCAUCUGUCUAAAUGCCUCUUAAAUUCAUUUAGUGGCCACUUAUUAGGUACACCUGCUCGUUAAUGCACAUAUCUAAUUAGCAUAUCAUGUGACAGCAAUUCAUUGCAUAAGAGCAUGUGGACAUGCUCAAGAGGUUCCGUUGUUGUUCAGACAAAACAUCAGAAUGGGGGCAAAAUAUGAUCAAAGUGACUUUGCACAUGGAAUGAUUGUUGGUGCCAGACGGGGUGGCUAUAGUAUCUCAGAAAAUGCUGAUCUCUUGAUAUUUUCAAACACAACCGUAUCUAGGGUUUUCAGAGAAUGGUGUGAAAAACAAAAAAAAAACAUCCUGGGUGUGAAUACACCUUCUUAAAGAGAGAGAUCAGAGCAGAUGGUGACUGGUUCAAGCUAACAGGAAGGCAACAAUGACUCACAUAACUAUGUAUGAUGUGCAGAAGAGCAUCUCUGAAUGCACUGCAUGCCAAACCUUGAAAUGAAUGGGCUACAGCUGAAGAAGACCACAAACCUACACUAAAUGCCAGUGUGUAUUCAAGGUACCAAAUAAAGUGGCUACUGUGAGUGUAAUUAUUGUAUCCGAUUCCACCACCUCCCCUGGCAGCGCAUUCCAGAUAAUAUAGAUUCCAGUAAGUUACCUUCUACUAACAGAAUGCUUCAGAGAAAAACACAGCUUUCCUCAGGUCUGGACAUUGUGAUCUGGAGGAAAUUUUCUUUCAAAUGUGCUUCACCUCUGGAGUAGUGCACAGAGCAGGUGGGUGAUAUAGUGGAUGGUGAAGAAGAUUAUCUAAUUAACAAGCAUCCCUACAGUGAGAUAUUGAUAAAUGGGCUGGGGAAUAGCAAGUGGAAGUUAAUUGGGAUAAAUGUGAGGUGUUGCAUUUUAGUAAGACAAAUUUGGGUAAGACUUGCACAGUAAGUCUUAGAAAGGCCCUAGAAAGUGUUGUAGACCAGAGAGAACUGGUCACCUACAUACUGGAUUGAACGAGUACAGAGAAAAUACACAAGGAUUUCAACGAGACUUGAGGACUUGAGUCAGAGGGAAAAAUUGAGUAGGUCAGAUCUUUAUUCCCUGGAGCAUAGGAGAAGGAAGGGAGUUAUGAUAGAGGUAGAAAAUUGAUACAUAUUUGAUAAAAACUUCAUGAAGGGCACAGAUACGGAAAAUGCAAGUAGGUUUCUUUCUGCUGAGGCUGGGUGAGACUAGAAGUAGAGGUCACAAAUUAUUGGUCAAAGGUGAAAUAUUUAAGGGAAACCUGAGGGAGAACUUCUGCACUCAGAGGAUGUUGAGAGUGUGGAAUGAGCUGCCAGCAGAAGUGUUAGAUGUAGGUUUGAUUGCAGCGUUUAAGAGAAAUUUUGAUAAGUACAUGGAUGAUAGGGGUAUGGAAGGGCUAUAGUCCAAUGGGACCAUGUAGAAUAACAGUUUGGCAUGGACUGGAUUUGCUGAAGGGCCUGUUUCUGUGCUCAGAAUACAAGGAUGUCCCUUUAGAACAGAGAUGAGGAAUUAGGUGGUGAAUCUGUAGAAGUCCUUGCCAUGCAUGGUUGUAGAGGCCAAGUCAUUGGAUAUGUUUAAAGUGGAAGCUAAUGGGUUCUUGAUUAGUAAGGAUGUCAAACACUAUUCCCUGUGAAUUGCCCAGGUACAUUGACGCGCUGUAACUGAACUGAACUGAAACAUAGCCUUUGUUGCUGUGCAGCUCAAGUUUCUUUUAUAUAAUGUCAAUAUAAUUUUCAAGUUAUACUAAUAUAAUUUUGAAAUCUACGUUCAUACAAUUGUGAAAUACCCCUGUAAUUAAUUAUGUGUUAAUGAACUUAAUCUGCAGCUUUUCUAAAUAAAUGUAUGAUAACUGUUACAUUGAAACAUUCUAGAGCUUCAAGGAAUUUAUUCUUUCAAGUUACAACACUGUUAGAAAUUGUAACAACAAUAACACAGUGGAAGUCAGUAGCUAAUUGUUAAUAAACCACCAGUGUGCUGAACGCCGAUGCCGUCUAGUCAAAAUAUUUUAUUUUUGCCACUGUUCCUGUCAGUUGUUUUUAUUGCCUGACAUCAUUUACUUGUGCUUUGAGUUGUGGGUUGUGUUUGUUUGAUGUGAAAAUAUCUAUAUUCUGACUUUUAUGGUAAGUAAUUUAAAAAUAUAUCAUAACUUAAUAAGAAGUUAUAACUAGAAGUUUGUUAGAACAAGGUAAAAAUGUAUUUUAAAAUUGUUUGCAUGACUGUCCUUAUUUUAUUAAAACUAAUUUUUACUUACCUUAUUAAAUGUUUCAAAUAAUAAUUAUUAUUAUUUUUAGUAUUCUCAAAUAAUAACUAUUUUUAGCAAAAGCAAAAAUUAAUAAGUUAUCAUCACAGUAUCUUGGUGAUACUGUUUAUUGGAGUGACAAAGUGAAAGAUCUAUAUGUUCUGUUGUUAAUACUGCAUCUGUAAUUCAACUUAUUCAGUGUGUGUGUGUGUAAUCACUUAGAUGAUAACUUUCUGACGAUGAGUUAAGCCAAUAGCAAGCGUUUCAACUUGUUAUCUUUUCAAAUGCAACCAAUUUCGAAUUUUGAAAAAUAUAACUCAGCUAUUAUUAUGAACUAUUAUAAAUGAGGAAUUUGAAGAACUGUCAAUUCUUGUUGACAUUGUUGGACCAUUUCAAGCUUCUAGUGCUGAUUGUGAACGUGGAUCAGACUAAUGAAUUCAGUCAAAUGUAAAUCCAGAAACAGGCUAAAAGUGGAACAUUUGGAUAACCUUAUAAGAUUAAGAUGCAUUUUUCAUAUGGAUAUGAAAUUAAUCUUCACAAUGUUUAUAGAGAAUGGAUUUGUAACAAAGACAGAUGAAAAAAUGUUGACAAAAUGUGACAGAUUUUAGUUGUGUAUUGUAUUUCAUUAUAUCUUUCAAUUAAA